AUGGACAUGCAUAACAUUGAGACAACAACAUUGCCGGAUCACAUUUCGGACAAAACACACGCAGGGUUUAACAAAAGCGUUGAACAUGUUGAUAUAAAAGCUACUUCUUUACCUGGAGGAUUUGAUACCUUCUAUAAAAAGUUUAUAAUUAUACUAAGUGCCUCAGCAGCGUCUGUGGUCAUUAUCGCAGCAUCGCUGUUGAUAUACCUCUACAGGAAAUACAAUCAUUUAUCAGAUGCGUUUGUUGCCAUCGUUACACCAGUUCAUGAUACCUCUCACACAAACGAGAACACAAAUGCGGCAGUGUCUGAUGUCGUAGAAGAAAACAGACGAUCGACCAUUGACAUUUACGAAAGCAUCCCCAUGACGUUUUUUUCGCCGAUUGCCGACAGUUUCCCUGUACCGCAAGGAGCAAACAUUUUAGAUAUUUGUGCGGAUUCUGGCAGUGAAUCGAGCAUUGGAAGUGUCCAUUAUUAUGACGCCGUCCGAGAUUCCAAGAAUGUCGAGGAACCAUCAUCUAGCGGCGCCGGAGCGGUUUGUGACGUGAAUCCAAAUAAAACGGGCUUCUACGAGAGUCUUGCUGGAAAGGGACCUAAUGGAUAAUCACAAUACACCGCCAACGCUAGCAGCUUAUUUCCAAAUUAGCAUGCACAUUUCAAAAAAGCGUCAGUGUCACUGUGAUGAGCAACACUUCAUGGACGACUCAGCAUUAUUGACAAACCAUCGCAGGCUUAACGAUCAAUAACACGUUUUUAUUUUAAACCUAUUUAUUUUAGCUCGAUUGCAUAGAAAGCCUAAAUCUUAUUUGAAACGCUUUCGAGUCCGUUUCCUUGGACUAGACUAGUACUUGGCUUCAAUUGGGGAAAUCUGAAAAACGCCCCUAGACGUUGCGAACUCACAUAAAAAAAGUAAUAUAAAUGAAAACGUCUUAAUAAAUAUAGAUCGAUACUCUCUAGGUCAAUAGAAGAUGAUUGAGACAAAAACUAUACACCUCUGAUUAUUUGAUUAAUACGAUUUGUCGAUUUGUUCAUAAAAAUCUAAUACACGUUUAUUUAAUCAAAAUAUACAUGCGUUUAUAAAUUAAACAAAACAAACACACGAUCUGUGUCCAAUGGUUCAUCGACCAGCAGCAAAAGUGCAUAUCCACCACAACUUAAGCUGCGAUUCAAAGUUUCCGUAUAUGACCAAUGUUCUCAUGUUAACUUUACGACGUUUAUUGUUCCAUUGUUCUUCAUGGCUGUCUUUUAAUACUUGCAUGAAUCAAUAACUACAUAGUAAUUUUCCGAUGAAAUAUUUAAACUUUAUCUUCCGCCAAAAAGAAACACCAAUACA